UUCACCAGCUCUAUCCUGGGCCAGCUGUGCAUGUCCUUGGGAAACAUCACCUUCUACACCCUCAACAGUAUCUCUCUGGGGUUUGUCAGCUUUGGUUUGCUGCUCUCACUCUGCCUGCCCUGGCCUAAACGCUCCUUGUUUUUCAACCGGACGAAUCAGGAGGAAAAGGAACUGGUAGAAGUAGCCACCAAAUCUGAACUGGACAAAAUGGACCCAAAAGAUGGAGGGCCAUCCUUUGCUGCCCCUCCAUGUCCUGCGUCAACCUGGAAGGAUUCUGUGUUUAUGCAGAUGCUUCUGGAGGUUAGAAAUGUGCUGAAGAGGCCAAACCUGAGGCUCUGGUCCCUGUGGUGGGUGUUCAACUCCACAGGGUAUUACCUGGUGCUCUUCUACGUCCACAUCCUGUGGAACAAAGUCUACCCUGCCACUGAGAACAAGAACGUUUACAAUGGGGGAGUGGAAGCAGCUUCUACAUUGCUCAGAACCAAUUUGAGAGGGUCAGGAAGAGCUGAAGAAAGAUGAUAUGUGUUGUUAUUUAAGACUAAAGUAAGGACUUGUCCACACAUAUACAAAAGUAGCUUUUGGAGUUUUAGGCUUUUAUUCAAUGCAAAUUCACUUUUAGAUAGCUGAAAAAGGAUGGUUUGGGUCCAGACUAGAUAUUAAAGAUUGAUAUAGCCAAUGUAAUGACACCCAGGCUGGUGUUUUUUUGUAAUCAGAGGGUCUAGCUGGGGAGUAGCUCACUAGCUUUGUUAGAAAGACGGUCACAUCCUCAAACUUAAUUACACUUGUGUAUUGAGUUUGUUAUGUGCUCUGUGUGUGGCCAGUGUUGUUACCAGCAUACUGAUGUGUGGGGUUCUUGGGUUGCUGUAGUUGGUGAAGUUUCUGUCUUUGAGUCGAUCCCUUCUGUUCCAGUUUAUUAGAAAAAAUGGAAGCAGUAGUAGCAUCAGGGAAUACGCAAAAGGAAACAAUGGUGCUGAAUGGGCCAAUCAAUGUGACUGUGCCGUUACUAGGGCUGGGUAUCGUCACUGAUUUCUAGAAUCAAUUCGAUUCCAAUUCACAAGGUCCCGAAUCGAUUUGAUCCACGAUUUGAUUUGAAUCGUGG